CACGUGCGGAAGAAGAAGACGAUGACAGCGCGCCCAGCCGUUCAAAGAUCGGUUUCGGAGGAGUUUUUGGAAAACCGCGCGUUAUCAUCAAACUGAUUACGGAAUGUCCUACGCGUAUCUACACCAUAUCGUUAAGGACACGAAGCGCCGCAUUGAAAACGAAAGCAGACGUCUUCCUCCUGCCGAAGACUCCAGUGAAGACGAAUACCGGCUCCAGCUGAAACAUCUCCGAUGCAAGGAAAGGAAUAUAGUCAAAGAAACGUUCUUGAAGCAAGAAUGGAACAUCGGCAGUGCUCACGUCCUUGCGAUGUUGCAAGACGCUGGAAUAUUAACGGCCAGCGAAUUCAUCCUGAGCUUGGCGUGCCCGGACUUAACCCAACAAAUCAUGAACGAUCUCCUGGAAACGGAGUACUCGCUUCUGGCACAUCUAGUCAAAUUUGCCUUCAAAGACAAUCAUCUUUCGGUCACCCUUACGAAAGUGCUGGAGGAAUGCUUUAGCGGGUUGCUGAACGAUUUGAAAGACAAUCCCAACAUAAUUCCAUGCAACUAUCUCGCAGAGCUUAAAGCGUACCUGCCAUCCGAGGAGCUGGCCCUGGUUCGUAACGAACAUUUGCAGCUGCUCUUGAUGGACCCGGACCAAUCCGGUUCGUUGGACGAAGCGAUACGUGAACAGGACCGUUGGCGUACUGAACUGGAAGAGAUCAAAGACACCGUUCUCGGCAGUAUGCUUCGAGAAGUUUUACCAAACGGUACCUGCUUAUUGGCAUUGUUAAAAAAGAUGCUGGAUAGCUGCGGAAUUAUUUCGCUCAAGUAUGCCCUUCAUCUAAUGAGAUCACUUUCGAAACGAGUUGGAGAUGAUAAUGACAACAUAAGAGCUAUGAAGGAGUGGAUGAAAACAUUAUUCACUGAAACGGUCGCUACGGGGCUGAAGAGCAAAUUACAGCUAAUGUUGGUAUUAGCGCGUGAAAUUUGUUCCGCAAACCAACACGUGCUCGGGUCUUAUUCCGUGUGGUACAAGCAAACGAUUGGAGAGAUGAAAUACGGUGGCAUGAAAAAGGAUCAGUUCCUAAGGAUGCUAGAAAUGUUGACGGAGAUAUUGCCAAGUGAAACAAAUUUAGAGGUGCUAAAGGUCCAUUCUACGAUCGGUAUUUCGGCACCGAUACGAUGCAACGAGUAUGUUCUCAAUUACAAACAACUAUGCCGUGCCAGAAUAGCAGAAUUACACACACUCUACACUCAAGUCGAUGCUAAUGGUAGCAUCAUUAUUGAUGAUUGAAUGAGUUGUUAGUGGCAAAUAAUGUUCAGUUUAUUUGAUUAUAUCAGCACAUACAGCAGUAUGAGAUUCAUAUAGGCACUGCAUUUCAACCCCUCAUCAUGUGGAAAAGACUCUGUCUAAAGCACAAUGCUAAACAACCGAUUAAAUCCCGCAUUUCCCAGCAACAGUC